AGAUAUGCUCAUCUUACUACCCUAAGUCUGUGUUAGAACUUAAUGCAGUAUCCUAAAAAAUCAUUUUUCACAUGUCAUUUUAUUUAUGAACAGAGCAACUAACAUUCUAUCCAUAAUUCCAUAUAGACCAGCCCCUUCCUCUAUAUAUACAUGCUUAACCAUAACCUCUCAUCCAGUACCAAAAACCAAAACAAAGAGUGCUUGAUCACAAAACACAACAGAGAAAAUGGUGACAGCAGAAUUCAACAGUGGUGGUGGCCAUGGUGGCUGGAGAGGAACAAAGACCUUCAUCUACCAAGUCCUCACCGGCCGUUGGUUCAUGCUAUUUGCCUCUAAACUAAUCAUGGCUGUUGCUGGUGCAACCUACAUGUUUGGCCUAUACUCCAACGUUGUCAAAUCCUCUUUAGGCUAUGAUCAAUCCACUCUCAACCUUCUCAGCUUCUUCAAAGACCUUGGUGCCAAUGUUGGUGUCAUCUCAGGGCUAAUCAACGAGGUCUCGCCGCCAUGGGUGGUGCUCUCAAUUGGAGUCACCAUGAACUUCUUUGGCUACUUCAUGAUAUGGCUUGCUGUCACAGGCCACAUUCCCAAACCCCAAGUUUGGCACAUGUGUCUCUACAUUUGCCUAGGUGCAAAUUCACAAACUUUUGCAAAUACUGGCGCUUUGGUCACUUGUGUCAAGAACUUCCCUGGAAGUAGAGGAAGUGUUUUAGGCCUUCUCAAAGGUUAUGUUGGGCUAAGUGGUGCUAUAAUCACUCAGCUUUACCAUGCUCUCUAUGGUGACAAUUCAGAAUCUCUCAUCUUGCUCAUUGCUUGGCUCCCUGCAGCUGUUUCCUCUGUUUUUCUUCCAACAAUUAGGAUGUUGAAGUUGAGCACUUCACAACAACAACAAAAGGAGCACAAAGUUUUCUACAAUUUUCUUUACAUGUCACUUGGCUUUGCAGGGUUUCUCAUGGUCUUGAUCAUUGUUCAAAAGAAUUGGAGUUUUUCAAGGAUUGAGUACAUUGCUGAUGGAAUUGGAGUUAUUUUUCUGCUUCUUCUCCCACUUGCUCUGGUUUUCAGAGAGGAACUCAAGCUCUUGAAGGACAACACUCAAUCUUUCUCUGACCCAUCUCAAUUAAAAGUAGUCACUGAAGUUCCAACUCCAAAUAUGGCACCACCACAGGUUGUGGUACCAUCUUCUACCAACAACACAAGCUCACACAAGAAAGGCUCUUGUUGGAGAACCAUUUUCAAACCCCCAAACAGGGGAGAAGACUACACCAUUCUGCAAGCCCUGUUCAGCAUUGACAUGUUGAUUCUCUUCAUAGCAACAACAUUUGGUGUUGGUGGAACACUAACUGCAAUUGACAACCUAGGACAAAUUGGGAACUCAUUAGGAUACCCAAGUAAAAGCAUAACCACCUUUGUAUCCCUAGUGAGCAUAUGGAACUAUCUUGGAAGAGUGGUUUCUGGCUAUCUCUCUGAAAUCUUCUUAACAAAAUACAAGUUCCCUCGUCCUUACAUGCUAACUCUAGUUAUGCUUCUAUCUUGUGUUGGUCAUGUUCUAAUAGCUCUUGGUUUACCAAAUUCUCUCUACUUUGCUUCAGUGAUUACUGGGUUUUGCUUUGGAGCUCAGUGGCCAUUAGUGUUUGCAAUCAUAUCAGAAAUUUUUGGUUUGAAAUACUACUCCACUUUGUACAAUUUUGGAGGUGCGGCAAGCCCUGUUGGAUCUUACAUACUGAAUGUGAGAGUGGCAGGGUAUUUGUAUGAUAAAGAGGCUUUGAAGCAAUUGGAGGCAAAGGGUCUCACUAGAGAAGCAGGGAAGGAUCUAAUUUGUGUAGGAGUUGAAUGUUACAGGAUGGCUUUUAUUAUCAUCUCUGCAUCAACUCUGAUUGGUUGUUUUGUUUCUUUUAUUUUGGUUCUGAGGACUAGGAAAUUUUAUAAAAGUGAUAUCUACAGAAAGUUCCGGGAAGAAAUUGAAGCAGCAGAGGCUGAGAUGGGUGCUGCCAGAACUGAAUUUGUUCUUCCUGAAACAGAUGGCAAGGCAACCUUAAGCACCACUGAGGGUACUUCCAGAACCACAACAAGAGAGUCUUAGGAAUCAGUAUAAGGCAAUAGAAAGUGAACUGUGUUUAAGGCAAGUAAUGCCUAUAGAAAAUGGAGGAUGUUUUCUUGGACAUAAUUAAAUUAGUUAGUGUAAAAUUAUUGUUGGACAAAUAUGUUUUUCUUCCAAUAAAAUCCAACAUCUUUUUGGCUUUAGUCCUUUAAUAUUAUAACGUGUGUUCUGUUUCUAACAUAA